AUGACCACAGAGCUUCCAGACAAGUAUGACCGGCCGGUCCACGUCGCCGUGAUAGGCGGCACCGGCCUCUCCAAGAUCGAUGGCUACGUGCCCGUCGCGUCCGUCAACCCCCUGACGCCAUGGGGCUACCCCUCGGCCCCGAUCCAGAUCCUCGAGCACAACGGCGUGCCCAUCGCCUUCCUCUCGCGCCACGGCGCCCACCACGAGCUCGCGCCCCAUGAGGUGCCCUCGCGCGCCAACAUCGCCGCCCUGAGGCACGUCGGCGUGCGCAGCGUCAUCGCCUUCAGUGCCGUCGGCUCCCUCCAGGAGCACAUCAAGCCCAUGGACUUUGUCGUCCCCGACCAGGUCAUCGACCGCACAAAGGGCGUGCGCCCCUUUACCUUCUUCGAGAAGGGCCUCGUCGGCCACGUCGGCUUCGCCGACCCCUUCGACGCCAAGCUGGCCGCCGUGGUCAAGGCUUGCGCAGGCGCCAUGCAGGGCGAGGGGUCGACUCUGCACGACGGCGGGACCAUCAUAUGCAUGGAGGGUCCCCAGUUCUCCACCCGCGCCGAGUCCAACAUGUACCGCUCCUGGGGCGGCAGCGUGAUCAACAUGUCGGCCCUGCCCGAGGCCAAGCUCGCGCGCGAGGCCGAGCUGUCCUACCAGAUGAUCUGCAUGGCGACCGACUACGACUGCUGGCGCAGCGCCGCGGGAGGCGAGGACGUCGACGUCGCCAUGGUCAUGGGCUACAUGAGCGCCAACAGCGUCAACGCCAAGCGCCUCGUCGGCGCCGUCCUCGACGAGCUGUCCCGCCACGAAAACAGCAACCUCGUCCUCGCGAAGCAUUGGGAGGGCGCCAGCGCCGGCGCCGUCAAGUUCAUGACCAAGCCCGAGGGCAGGGACCCGGAGGCCAUGAAGAGGGUCGAGUACCUGUUCCCAGGGUUCUGGGAGAGCUGA